AUGUUUAUCUUGACCAAAAUUUCUGACCUGGUGCGGGUCCCGCCAGAUCAAUUCCAUAGACACCCUAAAGCGGCCAUUUUCCACCAAAUGAAUAAUAAAUUCACCAACAAGGUGAUCCCACACGUUGGGCUUUGCAUCACAAUAUAUGACCUGCUGGCGGUUGAGGAAGGCCAAUUGAAACCUGGCGAUGGUGCCGCGUAUAUUAACACCACUUUCCGAGCGCUGGUGUUCAAGCCUUUUGUUGGUGAGAUUGUGACGGGUUGGAUCUCUCAGUGUACAGUGGAAGGCAUCAAAGUAUCACUGUUAGGGGUUUUCGAUGACAUUUUCAUUCCCCAUAAAAUGCUUUUUGAAGGCUGUUAUUAUUCCCCCGACGACAGCGCCUGGGUAUGGCCCACGGACGAGGAAACCAAACUGUACUUCGACGUAAACGAAAAGAUCAGGUUCCGCGUCGAGCAGGAAAUUUUCGUAGACGUGAAACCGAAGUCUCCCAAGGAAAGGGAAGCGGAAGAGCAAGAGCAAAACGAGGAUCCUGCUCAAGACAAAAAACCCAAAGCCGAAAAACCUCCAGCUUACGCGCUUUUGGGCUCUUGCCAAACUGACGGAAUGGGUCUUGUCGGCUGGUGGGAAUAA